GAUUUGAAGAGAAUUUGGCCAAUCAGAUUGUAAAUAACAAACGUAAAUAAUUUGUAGUCUGCUACAAAUGAAAACAAUCAACACAUGGCAAUGGACAGCUCAAUUUUAAGUCGUAGGGCUUUCUACAGAUCUUUAAGGAAUGAUGAUUUUUCAAAGACAAAAUUCUCCCAGAUCGUACCAGAUAGAGAAGGGCUGUAUUUAAAGAAGAAAGUUUUUUUAGGAUAUACAGAUAUUAGUGCAGCUGGCAGUCGAGCUUUACUGGGUAUAUCUGCCAAGACGAUAUCAUGUGAUCUUGACAUUCCAGAGCUGGGAACAAGUGAAUUGAUUUGUCGCCCAAGCACAGCUACCAUGGAUAUUCCAUUACUUCCUAUACAGAUAAUGCAUUGUAAAUAUGAAGAAUUUUCAUUGAUUGUGAUAAAUACAUCUUUGCCUCCAUCAAAAUGUCACCUUGUAGCAGAUAAAAUUGUUAACCUGUGUUCAGAAAGUGAAAUAGAAAGGUUGGUAGUAUUAACAACUUUAAAAUUAAGAAUUCCUGAGAAGAAGUUGGCACCACUGUAUGAAAACAGCUUCAAUACAAGAUCUUUAACCACCAGUCCUUCAUUACCAGAUAAUACCAAAGUUCAUGACGCCUUCUUAAAUGUUUUAAUACAGAUGGUUCAGUUACAAGGAAUUCCAUGCAACAUCAUGACAGCUCCAGGACACAGUGCCUUCAGUAGUGUACCCAGUACUGAUGAUAACUCAUUACAGGCUAUUCGAGAGUUCCAUCAGUUUAUAGGUGGCUGGACCAGACUAAAGUUUGAUGAAGAAGUUUGUCUGUCAUUGGAAUUUGGUAGGUCAAAGAAGAUUAGAAGAGCAGGAACAUUAUUCAUGUUUUCAUAAAGACAUUCAAAUAAACUGCGUGAGAUACCAUCUCGUCUAGGACACAGAUUUUGAUCAGAGUUCUAGAAAUCUUUUUUUACCCUGGUGGUCCUUGAAGAAAAUCUGCUGGUCCUCAUUAUUAGUUCUAUUACAAAAUACCAAAAUUUUGGUGGUCAAAAUCUUCGGACCACCACUUUUUGACAACUCUGAUUUUGAUUCCUCUCUUACAAAUUUAAAAUGUCCACAUCUCUAUCAUGUCUAUACGACAUGAAGAUAUUAUUUACUUACCUUCUUGAGAAACUGUUUUUAAAGAAAAGACCAAUUGCUGUUUCAAAAUGCAGACUAAAUGAGAGGCCACCUAGCUACUUUAGAAACGUUUUUUAAAGAAAAGACUGUCUGCUGUUUUAAAAUGCACACAGCAUGAGAGGCCACCCAGCUAUUUAGAAAACUGUUUUUUCUUUUAAAGAAAAGACUGACUGUUAGUUUAAAAUGUCGACUGCAAGAGUCCAGUUUGUGACAAAGUGUUAGGGCUUUUACUGUAUAAGUUUGACCUGAUUGAGCAUGGCUUCAAGGUCUUUAUAAUUAAGAGUUGUUCUCUAAAAGUGAGGGCAAACAGUCAUACCAACUUCUCUUCAUCCAACGAUUCUCAAGUUCUCAUUGACAUCCGUACUAUUCAUUAGUAUUUAGAUAUAUUUGAAACUAGCCAUUGUAUGGCAUAUCUUAUGGUUCAUUUUAAACCUGUUAUCCUUGUUUUAAAUUAAAAUGCCACUAGAUUGACAACAACACUUAAGUAAUCUGGAAAUUUAUUAAGUCGACAUGUUUCGCCGAUUAGAUCGGCGUCAUCAGGACAAAGUACAAAUAAAAGUAAUCUCUGAAGUACUAAAAUGCGACAUCAAGUUUUUUACGUCAUAGUGUUCUAUUAUUGUCCAUGUUGUUAUGGGUUACUUAUGUAUUGAAUGUAUUUAGUGAAAGAAAAUGAAAUAUGUUAAUAAAGUUAUACAGUUUUGAGAAUAAAUAUAUAAUAGAAUAAAAUAAUUUAAAAAUUAAAAUGUUUUUAUCUACUGUUUGUCACUGGUGAAAAUGUUGUAUAUUCCUCGGACUGUCACUUGGCUUAUCCAGUUGUUUUCUGUGGGUUCAUCUCUACAUACUGUUUGUUGGCUUGAACUCUGAACUGGUCCCUUGUAUGUUUUGUAACAGUUUGUAGUCUGGUAAGUUGGUACUUCUUCAACUAGAUAUCCGUAGCUGUUUGUGCUAUAUUUCGGCGAUCCUGUUGUUUUAACAUAUAUAACAUUGUCAUCUGAAUCUUCCGAAUCACUGAGUUGUAGAUCUUCUUUAAGUAUAUCCAUGGAUGGCAUUUCUGGUGUCUCUUGUAUUUUGAUUGGAGUUGGGGCUGUGUAUUUUGGUGGCGCUGCGAUGAUCCUAAAUUUUGGUGUCAUUUCAUAUUUGGUUUUGGCUUCUACAGGUGGAACCCAUUUGGCAAUUGGGUCAGCUGCGGCUUUUGGUGUUGCUGUUUUCUCAAUAAAAUCUGUUGUUGGUUUCUGCUGGAGUUUUGUUGUUAUGUGCUUCUUAGCUCCAUGUUUCCUGGUGAAUGUUGCUGGGCAAUGAAGGCAUUCAAAAAUUGUAACAGUUGGUUCAUGAAAAGUUUUGUGAUGUCUGCGGAGUGUACUGAUGCUGGCGAAUUUUUUAUCACAUUUUAAACAUUGGAUUCGUGUCUAAGAUUUUUCCACCAGAUUCUCCAAAGCAUUCAACUUUUCUCGGAGUUGUUUUCGUUUUGGCCAUGUUAUCUUCUUCUAUUUAGUCCCCAAGGUUCGGCAGAUUACUUAAGUGUUGUUGUCAAUCCAGUGGCAUUUAGAUUUUUUCUUUCUUUUGACAACCCUGCAUACUGUCGGUAUCCACUUAAGGAAUCUCUACCUUCACGAAACUUUAGAGGCAUUGGUUCAGCAGUCCUUCAUUGUUUUAAAUUAGUUUUAUAAAAAUAUUGUUUUUUUAUGAUGAUUUUCAUGGACAUCUAUAUUUUGUUCUUGUUAAUGCAUACUGUUUUAUAGUGCCAUGUAUACAUUGAAUUACAUUAUUAUUUUAGUGUUAUCCCUUGUUUUAUCACUUUUAAUAAAAAAAU